UCAAGAAGCAAAGCCCCUCCCUCUCUCCUCUCUCUCUCUCUCUCUCCAUAUUCAAUUCCUUCCACCACCAUCAAAAUCAAUCAUCACCCUUUCCCAAAAAAAAAAAAAAAUUCCAACCUCCCCACGAUUGACCAUCCAUGGAGCCGCCGGAAUCCGCCCUCUCCUCCGCCGAGGACGUCAUCCUCCGCUGGGACUCCUCCGCCUCCGAGGACGCCCGCGACAAGAUGAUCUUCAGCAGCGACCGCCACGAAAUCGACCGCUACCUCGACGCCGUCGACGAGCUCCAGAAAUCCAUGGACUCCGCCUCCCUCUCCGACUCCUCCUCCGCCCUCCAGAUCGCCAUGGCCCGCCUCGAGGACGAGUUCCGCACCAUCCUCCUCUCCCACACCUCCCCAAUCGAGGCCGAGUCGCUCAGCGAGUCGACUCACUCCGAGUUCGCCUCUCACGAAUUCGACAACAACGAAGCCGAGAUCGGCGAGAGCAGCAGCUACGAGAAGCAAUUGAGCAGCAGCAGCACCGCCAGCAGCUGCUACAAGUCCACCAGCAGCAUCCGCGAGGUAGAUCUCAUCCCCGGCGACGCCGUCUACGACCUCCGCUGCAUCGCCGAGCGGAUGAUCGGCGCCGGCUACCUCCGCGAGUGCAUCCAGGUCUACGCGAGCGUGCGGAAGUCCGCCGUCGACGCCAGCCUCCGCCGCCUCAGCGUCGAGAAGCUCAGCAUCGGCGACAUCCAGAAGCUCGAGUGGGAGGCGCUCGAGACGAAGAUCCGCCGCUGGAUCCGCGCCGCCAGGAUCUGCAUCCGCGUGCUCUUCGCCAGCGAGCGCCGCCUCUGCGAGCAGAUUUUCGAAGAUUUAGGAACCUCCGCCGACGAUUCCUGCUUCAUGGAGACAAUCAAAGGUCCUGCUAUUCAGCUCUUCAAUUUCGCAGAAGCGAUUAGUAUUAGCAAGCGAUCGCCUGAGAAACUGUUUAAAAUUCUCGAUUUACACGAUGCUUUAUCUGAUUUGUUGCCUGAUAUCGAUUCCGUUUUCGAGUCAAAAUCUAGUGAGUCAAUUAGGGUUCAGGCUGUUGAGAUACUCUCUAGGCUAGCCGAGGCAGCCAGAGGGAUAUUAUCCGAAUUCGAGAGCGCUAUGCUUCGCGAGCCCUCGAGAGUUCCGGUUCCUGGCGGAACGAUUCAUCCAUUGACUAGAUAUGUGAUGAAUUACAUAAGUUUGAUUUCCGAUUACAAGCAGACGUUGAUUGAAUUGAUUGUGUCGAAGCCCUCCACCGGGCCGAGGUACUCGAGCGAUCCCAAUGUUCCGGAUAUGGACUUCUCUGAGUACGAAGGGCAGGCUUCGACGCUGGCCCUUCAUUUGAUUUGGAUCAUUGUGAUUUUGCAGUUCAAUUUGGAUGGAAAGUCUAAGCACUAUAAGGAUACUUCAUUAGCUCAUAUCUUUAUGAUGAAUAAUGUUCAUUACAUUGUGCAAAAGAUCAAGGGGUCGCCGGAGUUGAGGGAAAUGAUUGGGGAUGACUAUCUAAGGAAGAUGACGGGGAAGUUCCGGGUCUCUGCAACUAGUUACCAGCGGGCAACGUGGGUGAAAGUGUUGUACUGCUUGAGGGACGAGGGCUUGCACGUAAGUGGAAGUUUCUCAUCCGGUGUGUCAAAGAGUGCUCUGAGAGAGAGGUUCAAGGCUUUCAAUUCCAUGUUUGAGGAGGUGCACAGAACUCAGGCGACGUGGUUGAUUCCCGAGACACAGCUCCGCGAGGAGCUCAGGAUUUCCAUAUCGGAGAAGCUCCUCCCUGCGUAUAGAUCGUUUCUUGGGAGGUUCAGAAGUCAUAUCGAGAGUGGGAGGCACCCUGAGAAUUACAUCAAAUACUCAGUCGAGGAUCUUGAAAGCGCAGUCUUGGACUUCUUCGAGGGUUACCCUGUGUCGCAGCAUUUGAGGAAGAGAUCUCAGUGACCCGAGUGGGAUUGGUUGAGCUUGCCACGUAGAUUGUAGGACGACAUUCUUUGAAUUUUUGGUGGAGUGUUAUGGGAUGAGGUUCCUGCUGUUCGGGGAUUGUGCCUGCAAUCUCUUUGGAUGGGACGACCGUAUCGUCUCCAAACG